AUGAAGCAAUGGCAAGGAUACUUUCAAUUUCUGUGGUAUCAGUUUACUUCAGGGACUGUUCUGCGGCUCAAUAAACACCAUGCAAAUACGUUGGCCCGUUUAUCCUCACUUAGAUCUCUGAAAGAUAAAGGAAAUCAGGGCGAGGUUCAGCAUGACACACGCAUCUAUGUCAAUCAGAGCACCAACAAGGAGAGUGAAAGUGAUAGGGAAAGUGAAGAUGUCUGGGGAUUCAAAGACACUUCAUAUCGUGCCAAUCUCGAUGGUACGGUGGAGGUGACCGGCUCUCGAUAUCUUCUUAGCGGUUGUAAGUUACCAUCGCUUUUGCCUUGGGCUAGUGAUGUGCUUGGUGUCGAUGUACCAAGGCAGCCAAUGCUCGAGACUUUGGAAAUUUCAAUCCCAGAGCCCCAACAUAUCAAUGGCGAAUUCCUUGAUUCCCUUCGCCACCUGGUGCUUCUUCGAGACGACCAAAUCAGCAGCGACGCCAAAAACCGGAGGAGACAUGGGCAUGGCCACACCCAAGAAGAGAUGUAUGCCAUCAAGUACGGGUCUGGGCUUGCUCGGGUGCCUGAACUUGUCGUCUAUCCGGAGACUGAGUCUCAAGUGAUUGGAAUCGUCGAAGCAGCUCGACAGAAGGGAGUCUGUCUUAUCCCUUAUGGAGGCGGAACGAAUGUUAGCGCUGCGUUGAGAUGCCCAUCCAACCAAGAUGGUGAGAACCGCAUGAUUGUCUCUGUUGAUACACGACGAAUGGACAAGAUUAUCUGGAUUGACCCUGUGAACCGUCUCGCGCAGAUCGAAGCAGGGGCAGUUGGAAGCAACAUUAUGGAGGCACUGGCAGAGAGAGGAUUCACCAUGGGUCAUGAACCGGAUAGCUGCGAGUUCUCGACACUGGGCGGCUGGAUUGCAACGAAUGCUAGUGGCAUGAAGAAGAACCGAUAUGGGAAUAUUGAAGAUGUCGUACUCGACAUGCGGGUUGUCAUGCCCACAGGAGGUGUUAUGACCAAAGGCAGCAGCAGCAUUCAUCCUCGAGAGUCUACCGGGAGCAAUCCUCUACGAUACACGUUUGGCUCAGAAGGCUCUCUGGGAAUCAUCGUAUCUGCCGUUGUUAAGCUCUUUCCUCUUCCAGAAGCCACAGAAUACGCUGCUGUCCUGUUUCCUACAUGGGAGAAUGGAGUACAGUUUAUGUACGAGCUUCGACAAUCCAAUUGUCAGCCUGCCAGCGUUCGACUGGUGGACAACGAACAAUUUCGUAUGAGUCAGGCACUCAAGCCAGCUCAGCCGCCAGGGUUCAUUGCGGGUACCCUCGCUGGGCUCAAGCGUACGUUGGAGCACAUGUACAUCCUUCAGAUCAAGGGAUUUGACCCGCGUGAGAUGGUAGCUUGCACAAUGGUGUUUGAGGGCAGCAAGCCAGAAACCAGGAUUCAGCAACACGCCGUUAAACGCCUGGUUAGUAAACACGGAGGUGUUGAUGCGGGCGCAGAGAAUGGCAGACGGGGCUACCAGAUGACAUACAAUAUUGCCUAUAUUCGUGAUUUCGCGAUGCAACAUUAUAUCAUGGCCGAGUCAUUCGAGACAAGCGUCACUUGGUCACACGCCUUGGACCUCUGUGACCGUGUCAAGGACCGACUGCGACGAGAACAUAUAGAGAGAGGGCUUCCUGGAAAACCACUGGUGACUUGCCGAGUAACGCAACUCUACGAGACAGGAGUAGCCAUCUAUUUCUAUUUCGGUUAUUAUUUUGAGGGCGUCUCUGAGCCGGAAAGGGUUUAUGCUGAGAUGGAAGAAGCGGCUAGAGUAGAGGUCCUUCUCGCGGGAGGCUCGCUCUCACAUCAUCACGGGGUGGGCAAGUUGAGAAACAGGUUUCUGGGGAGUGCUUGGUCGGACGCGGCCUUGGAGUGGCGAGACGACGUGAAGCGAGCUUUGGACCCGGAGAAUGUGUUUGGAUGCGGGAAUCUGUUGAAGCCUAAGAUUGCCCAAGAUUAA